UGACGGAGAUUAUCACCACAAAGCUUACCACGACGAAUAUUGCAUGCAGUGUGACGACACGUGCAACCAAGUGACCAAUGUUCACAAAAUGUGCGAAAUGAAAAUGAAUCUUCAACUAUCAUAUAAGCAGAUUCAUGCGAGGUGCAUUUGCCCAAUAAGAAGUGUACACGAUAUCAAGCAGCGGGAUCUCGACACCAUCCACAUGAGUGACUUUAAUGACAGCGAUUACAACAAUUGCGAUGAAGGUCACGGUUGCUCCCUCGAGCAAGGAGGAGGACGAAGGUCGUACUACGGGGGAGACCACGAGCACGACCAUUUGAUGGAGACGAUCAGCGCCCAUACGAGAACCACGACGCACACCAGCGAUAAGCAUUCGUCGCUUCGGUGCAGCGGCCAGAGGCCGACAAGCUCCCGAUUCCCUCUGGAUACGUCGGCAUCUGCAGGAUCCGCGAGAUCUGACGGUUGCUGUGCUGUCCUCGUGGAUAAGGACACUAAUCAUGCAGGAGGGACAGCUCAUGGAAAGUUCUCUGGACAGGAUAAACUUUUAAGAACAGUAGUCGUGGCAAAAUCACUAAUUGGAGGAAGGUUAGGAGUUGAAGGAGGAGGAGAGKGGGGGGGAGGGGAAGGAGGAGGAGGAGGAGGAGGAGGAGGAGGAGGAGGAGGAGGAGGAGGGUGGAGAGAAGGACGCCGGAAUGCAGCGCUAUCGUCACUGUGUAAGGCAUCAUCAGAGCCGCUAAAUAGCCUUGACAGCCAGCUGGAUGAUCUGUUUGCCGUUAGACGGGACACCAACGAUGACGGAGAAGAUAACGGAGAAAAUAACGGAGAGGAUAAGGGAGAAGAUAACGGAGAAGAUAACGGAAACAACGGGGAGGAUAACGCCAGACGUGGAGCUGUCAGGCAUCCAUAUCCUGUAGGCUACAGUGCGAUCAAAUGGUUCAAGGGAAGGACAUUCCUGCAAAGAAUAAGCAAGGGUCCAGACGGACCAGUGUUCUUGGUUGUCGACAAGGAGUCAGGAAAUGAGUAUGAAGGAGACAGUCCCUCGCAGGCGUGGCGGGCACUUCUGCAACAAGCAUUUUCAAAGGCUUCGGGUGUGGUUGGUGUUCCGGUGCAUGGUCGCAAAUUCUUUGGCCUUGAUGAUCCAAUGGUUUUAAGUGCACUGGAUGACAAGGUGAAAUCGCUGGCGAAUGAAAAGCCAGGCGUGUGGUGUGAUGGUGCAAGAGGGGACGGUGACAAGCUUCCACUUGAGGGAGCGAGUCACGGAAGCGAAGUCGAAAGCGAUUUUGUCAAGUCCUCAUCUGGCGAUAGGAUGGUCGAGGAUGGCACGACCAUCUCGACAAGCAGAGGAUGGUCGGGGACCGCCAAGACCCCGGGAGGGGUUCCUCUAUCGACAGAGACAAUGGAUGAAAAAGAUCAGGAAGAGGGGGGGGGUCCCCAUGGGGAUGUCAUUUCUGGGCCUUACGAGGGUGCCGAGGGGACAGAUGAGGAGGCUAUGGGGACAACGUAUCAUGGCGAUGCCUCUGUAGAUAGCCCGGAAGAGAAGGAGGGUCUAUUACCUUUAAUUAGUGGCAACACAGCAAAUGGUGCAGAUUUGCAGAAAGUUGAUCGAUCAACGGUAGGGAAAAGAUGGAAUUGGGAGGAGAAGGAUUAUAUCCCGUAUCCACAGGCUUACCAGGAAGCAGGUUUGACAGCCAAGGAUGUAGAUAACGUACUACCGCUGAUCGACAACGUUGAUGCAGAUCCUCCUGCUCCUGCCUCCAUCUCUGCACUAGAUGAGGAUUUGCUAGAGCAGGCGGACAAAGAUGUUGAUGACGAUGGAAGGGUAGGUGGUCCCGAUGCGGAGAACAUGCAUGUUCGAUCUGUGGUACAAGAGCUUGAAGAGAGUUCAUCAUCAAACCUGACAGCUCAUCUGUCACCUGUGCCGAACGAACUGGAUCAGAAGUCGAGGAUGGACGCGAGAGAAGGGGGCGAUAUGGAUCGGUCGUCCGUCGAUCAUGGAACAGUCGAUGAAUCAAUGGUGGGAUUUCCCAGACCGUUGGUCGUGGAGGAGAUGGACAGGAAACGUUCCGCAAGUAGAAUGCAGACGAGAUCCGGAACAACUGGCCAGCCUUCUGGAUCAUUUGUAGGACUUAUUCGCCUGCGCAGCAAAGCAGUUGGGGUGGUAGUUUUGUCAGGAAAGGGUCCCGGUACCUCAACUGAUUCCGUGGGGCAGCACCCUUCAAGCACUCUUGUGGAUGAAAGAGCUGUGGUAAAAGGCAUGCAGAACGCAUUGAUGCCUCAUGGGGACACUGUGCAAGGCAAUCAAAGUUCUCAGCCUGGCAAUAAUCUUGGCCGACUAUCGACAUCAGAUAAGGAUCGGAGUUUUUACACAUUUGCCGAAGCUACCGAUGAAGGGGUGUAUAACUUAGGUGCACCCGAAAUGUUUGAGAGGCUAAGCACUGAUCUGUCCAGCGAAGGCUCUAUCACAAAGGACAACGGAGAAAGAAGCAUUGCUCUAUCCUCUGUCAAUCGAGGGAAGCAUGGGGAGUCAGCGAUGAGCAGUCUUCGGAGCGCUGCGGAGAUAGAUGACGUGAAUUCCAAGUACAAUUCUCCGACUGAUCAGAUCAAGUGGUCGCCUUUACUGCGUCAGAGCUUUCCGCAUCUUCGCCCAGAUAUGCUGUGGCUACUGAACCCGGAAACAGUCGCCAAUGCGUCGGGAAGUCUUAUUAAGAAAGAUAAUGGAAGAGAGAAUCGGCAUGGCAAUGAUGAACGUUAUGAAGAAGGGGAAAUGGGAGGAAAAAGGUGGCUGACGGUUGGCGUUCGGGCAACGGUGGACGCCAAGUUUGUGAAGAAGUCAGGUGAUCCUUUGCCAGGUAGGAAGGAGCACGAGCGGCAUCAGCAUCAGCAGCAGCAUUGGCGGCAAAGAAGUGAUACCCGAGAAUUGGUUAUGGGCGAAGAUGAGCAGGGGAGGGAAGAGGAGCAUGACGAUGGGCUACGUCUGCAUAUGCGGAUGCCGACUAGCAGAAUAGCGUCAUGGAUAAGCGAGCGGGUGAGAAGGAAGAGGAAAGUCAACAGUGUUGCACUCUUUGACCAAAUGAUGAGACUGGGAAUGGAAGUUGAAGACUCAGUUUUGUCAGCACUCUUUCCCUUCAAGCUGGACAUCUGGCAGAAAGAAGCUGUGCAGGCUGUGGCAGAUGGGAAGUCUGUCUUCCUUUGUGCACCAAUGGGAGCAGGAAAGAACACGGUUGCUCAAUAUGUGAUACACAAAACACUUGCUCAUGGUAAAAGGGCAGUGUUUCUGACUCCUACAAAUGAGCUAGCACAGCAGCGCUUCAUUCAGCUCCAGAAAAUCUUCGGGAGAGACAGGGUGGGUGCAGCUUGGAGAUACUCCGCUGAGAGACCGGAUGCACGACUUGUUGUGACGACAGCUGAGUUGAUGCGAAAGGCAUUAUAUCCGUGUAAUAAAAAUGGUGAGCCAGCGUGCCUAGGUUUGACUGUGGAGAAUGUUGAGCUGAUGAUCCUUGAUGAGUUUCACACGCUGGCAGAGCGGACACGUGGAAGCCACUGGGAAGAGGUGGUGAUGCUUGCCGGAUCUCAGAUCAAACUCUUGGCCCUGUGCAGGCCAGCAUUGAAUGCAGGGUAUGUCGCUUCAUGGAUGAAUCAUGCACAUGGACCAUGUACACUUGUUCAAUGUACGUCAGAGCCAGUUCCAAGAAAGUACCAUUUCUGUGAUCCAGAGGCUGGAGGUUUACACCCCCUUCUUAACACCAACCUCACAGAGAUGAACCCGAUAUUUCGCAGCUCUGUCUCCAAGCAAGCCCAGCGAUCAUCCGAGCCGGGACCACUUACGGAGCUAUCUAAUAACACAGUUACCGGUGGGGAUUCAUUGAACCAGAGGUCCGCAAAACCAAGUAAUUCCAGCUUGGCGACAGACAGAGCAACACCGAAAAAGGCCAGCAUAUUGACUGUAAUCCUCCAGCUUCAAAGACGGGCGAUGCUGCCGGCUCUCUUUUUCAUUUUCAGCCGUGCUGGAUGUGACAGAGCUCUGACCAAAGUUCUCAAGGCAGGAUUGCCAGCACUGUUGACUCACAAGGAGAAGCAGUUGAUGCGGGCUAAGUAUGAACAAUUUGAAGCUGUGAACCCAGGACUUGCCGACAAGAUUCAAGUUGAAGCUCUCAUGCUGGGUUUUGCAAGCCAUCAUGCAGGUGUGAUGCCGGCGUGGAAAACCUUUAUCGUUGACCUUAUCAAUGAUGGAUUGAUCAAAGUGACAUUUGCAACAGAGGUGCUGGCAAUGUGGAGUGUUUCUUCUAGAACUGUGGUGUUCACGACAACUUUGAAGAAGACCGAUGGGGGUUCAAGACCAUUAUCGGGCAGCGAAUAUCAGCAGCUAAGCGGGACCGCUGGGAGAAGAGGACUAGAUGAAUUUGCGAAUGUGGUUUUCCUUAAAUCUGCAUGGGGAGGAGCUCAAGAAGCACUUAAUCUUGCACUCCAUGGGAACUUCAGACUUUGCAGCCGAUUCAAGCCGUCAAUGGCGCUUGUUCUGAACAUCUUGAGAUCAAGCUCACUCACAGAGGCGUCGUCGCUAAGAGUGAACCCGGCCGAGUUGGAGCAGGCAAGCUUGCUGCGAAGGGUGGUUGUUAAUUGCGCAAGGGGCGGCAAUGAUGGCGCGUCAUCCACAGUGGAGGGAGUCCUCCUAGCUAAGGUACCAGACGACAGACAACCACACUAUGUCACAUUAUGUGAGGACAAUAUGUUUCGCUUGAUACCAGCUGGAGCAAUUGCGCACCUUUACUCGGUUGACGAACCCUCCUUGGAGAAGAUAUACAAGGAGAAGAACAAAAAACAGCUCAGUGUGGCUCGGCUUCCUUCGGAGCGAAGUUGGGUGUCUAUGGGACAAAAGGGAUAUGGAUUUCAGGCGCCUGGAGAUGAAGAAACUGAAGAAAUCGCAAAAAUGUUAAGGGAGAUUGACUCCACCUAUGCUGCAGAAGAUAGAGGUUCAGAGUCUUCAUAUCAUUCACUUGCCAAGGCCACAGAGUACAGCUGGAGAGAGGUGGAGAAGCUCGUGCGGAUUCUGGAAAAAGCAGGUGCUCUCAAGCGACUGCCAAAUGACAGUGAUCGGGUGCAAUUAUCAAUGCUCGGGAACACGGCUGCUCUUGUUCAUGGAGAAAAUGAGUUGUGGUUGGCAUCGCUGCUGACGUCUGGUAUACUGAGAAGCUUGCAGCCUGCUGAGCUUGCUGUCGCCAUGUCAGCCCUGGCUUUGGACGAGAACCGAGUGAGAGGCAAGACUGGAAAAAGGGAGACAUGGAGACCCUCGGAAGUGUCGGCACUGCUGACGACAUCAUUGCGAAAGAUGGAAGAAUUAAAGAAGACACUUCAGGAAUUACUGAGGACUGAAGAUGUGCGGUUGCCUGUGGCAUUGGACUUCAGCCCUAUUCACAUGGUCCAGGCUUGGGUCAACGGUUCGUCCUGGAAUGAUCUCCUCCUCGGAACAAGCCUGGAAGCUGGAGAGACAUUGAAGAUACUGCAGAAGACAGUCCAGCUGUUGGAUCAGGUGUCGUAUAGCGCACCCACACUCUCAAGGUACAAGAUUUUCAAGACAGCACCAGCAGCAGUUGAGCUUCUCAAAAGAUUCCCAGUAGUGAAUGAGUGAGGAACAUCCGGCAGAAUGAAUUUCCAAUUUUCCACAAAAGAAUUUUGUUUCCUGGUGGUUUUUCAUUGGAAUCGGCCGAUGGGUGGUUGCAGAGGAUGAAUAUGGACACAGGCUGUGAAUGGAUGCGUCAGGGAAUUGGCUGAUGGGUGGUCAAAGAGGAUGAAUAUGGACACAGUGUGAAUGGAUGUGGGAUGAAUAUGGACACAGGCUGUGAAUGGAUGUGUCAGGGAAUUGGCUGAUGGGUGGCCAAAGAGGAUGAAUAUGGACGCAGAGUGUGAAUGGAUGUGUUUCCAGUCCUGACGCUUGUGUUUUCCUUUGGGAAUGUGACCCUUUCCUUCUGAGUCCAUGUAACUAAGAGGCUUCAACCCCGACUUCCUGCCAGCUCUCCAAUAAUCGGCGUCCAACUGCAUGCAAGGAUGGGUGGGUAACGAGGAUGAACAUGGACAUAGAUUGUGACCGGAUGCGUUCCACCACAUUACUGCCCCCGCACCCAAGAGUUGGCUAUUCCCCUCUUCCUUCGUCCGUUCAGAGUUUACACGCUGCUGCGAGUGAAAAAAACGGCAGGUAGAGGAAGGGAUUCAUGUCAGCAAUCUAGCAAGGACUUCGUCUUUUUGAAAGCUCUCUUUGAUCCGAUGCAUCUGGUCUGAGCAGUGCGCAUUCCGCAAAUCUUAAAAAUGGCAGAAACUUGAGACGAGGGUUUUCCCAACUUUUCCCCAUAUUACCGACUCAUGCACACAGAGCGAACAUUCCACAGAGAAGGACUGCUGGGGAGAAAAAUGCACAGCUAGAGUGUCUGCAGCAUGAACAAUCGUUAUGCAUCUCCGGAGGAUAUGUGGGGCUAUGUGGGGGAGCAAGCGGCACAGUUUAUUGAUUUUGUAUACAUACGCGUAUUUGCGUAAGAUCACCAAUUCUGGGAUGGGUUGCCCUCAACGACGCACUGCAAGACUGAGGGCAUACUCAUCAUGCUAGCACUUUCCUAAAAUGUAUCCGACUGCAAUUACGGCCCACUGUCGAUGAAUCUGACCACAAUCACAUCGAGAGCCGAGUGGCAAAAGUCCUAAUGUGGGUAUGCCCUGUCCUGAAUCCUUCAGACAAACAGCUGUGGCAAGUGUAUGGACUCCGGUGACAGAACAGGAGGGAGCAGAGGGGGAGGAGGGGACGAAGGAGAGGAAGGGCUGCUGUUGAAUGAGAAUAUAUGCAGUGGUGAGCUCACAUAAGAGAGUAUAGUGAAUAGGUAGAAGAGGCAGUAUAGUGAAUCCUUAGAAGAGACAGUAUAGACAGUAUGGUGAAUAGUUAGAAUAGACAAUUAUAGCGAAUAGCUGUUGUGUGGUCCUGUUUUUAACUUUUGGUCCAAAUACAGUCAUGAUUGUAGGGCAUUCUCUUUGGAGGAAGGAGGUAGGCAGACAAGGAGCAGCUGCAGUGGUCAAGCUAUAUAUAUAUUCUCUCUCUCUGCCUACGGUUUACAGGGCAGUUCUGUUUGUGACGAUAUAUAUAUAGGGAAGUUAAAGAAGUUGGCAGACCAGAACGGACAGCCGGUGGGCGGCCGGCAAAGACGUCGGCUGUGCAAGUAGACACCGGUCGGAACAACAAGAAGACAGGACAAAGUAGAAACCCGUAAGCAGGCGGCGUUGUACAAAGGAGCCGCUGUAAGAAGGAGCUGCACCUGAACAGGGAGGGAAAAAAGGAGGUGGAAUACCGUGCGGGUGGCGUUAAGCAGGAAGUUGAAGCAAGCGUGAAAAGAGAGACUUGCUGCAAUUAGCAGCAUAGGAAGGGGGGGAGGCAGGUGGGGCAGCUGAACCAAGGGACAGCCCACGAGCAGCAUGCAGCACCGGUGCCACCGGCAAUCGCUAGGCUCUAAAUACCAUCCGCAGAUUCCACACAAAUUAGAAAAGGUCGAAAAAAGGAGGUUUACAUCAGGCCAGCAAGGACGAGAGGGGAGGGGCACCGCGCCGAUGGACAUGGAAAAUC